AGCUCACCGACAGCGCUGGAGAGAGGGAGGGGAGCUGACAUGCGCCGGUUCGCUAAUCUCUCUGCUAAGAUUGCGGAUUUGGACGCGGCUAUGGAGGAGCUAGCAGAGGAGGCUCUCGCAAGGUGAAGGGCGCAUCGUACAGACAAGGCUCCGGGUCUGAAAGCCCUCUUUCUCUCUGCACUGCCUUCUCCUGGGCCGCUUGGGUCAUGGCUUGGCCGUGCAUCAGCAGGGUCUGCUGCCUGUCUCGCUUCUGGAGCCAGUUGGACAAGUCCGACCUCUCGGUACCGCUGACUGUCCAGAAUUAUUCUGAGGUCAUAGAGCAAGAGGUGAGGUCGGUAACCCAGCAAGUCUCAACAGACUCAAUCCUAAAUAACAACGCGCCCCUGGCCCCCGAGCCGAGAACAGAGGCUUCGGUCCAGGAAUCGGUCUCCAGGCACGACUUUAAGUCCUGGACGGUGCGCAAGGAAGCGAGCUGCAAACCCAGGCGGGAGUACCAUCCGUCCGACGUUCCUUUCUCCAGCGACACCCAGUACAAACUGGACUUCAAGGCUUGGCCCAUCCCUAAAAAGGAAAAUUACCCCUGGGUAAAGGCGGGACAGGACCAGCUUUCCAUGCCCAGCAGUUCCAGCGCGCACACGCUCCACCCUGGGCCAACUGCAGACCAGCAGAAAGGAGAGAGACCCCCAAAUCCCAGGGAGCCCGUCCCAAGGCACACCCGGGAGGAGGCGAUCAGACCCGCAGUAAAAACCACCUCCUACAGACAGGAGUUCCAGCCCUGGACUGGAGUUCAAGUGGCCAAACCUGUGAAGGCAAGGCAGAUGUACUCUCCUCCAGGAGAUAAGAUUGUUCUCGAGAGCAGCUACCGGGCAGCUUUCACGGAGGAUGCCUUCCGGCGUGUUGAACCGCUUCAGGUUGCAUCCAGCAAGUCUCAGAACCAAAUAGCUUCAGUGUCGGAGACGGGCAACGUAACAAAGACCGAGAGCUCAGAGCCAGUGGUGAAGACAAAGUUAUCACCAUCAUCGAAUUCCUCGGCAGUGUUCCAGACCCGCUCCCGUGUGCUGAACAUAUAAACCCAGUCACAGCUUCCCCUUCAAAGGAACUGGUCCCAGUGCUGAUGUCAUCAAAGACUAAAGGCAGCCGCAUUAAAUCUGCCUAAACAAACUAUGCAACAUAAGCCCCAAAACAGAGGGCUGCUGGCAUUUGAAGGGACCCUUGCCAGGAUGGUUGUCUCCAGUUGCCUGAUAAAUAUUUGGUAUUGUACAGUAACGGAUUGGGAUUUGAGUAAAUCCUAUUUAAUGUACGUAUGUCUCAUCUGCAUGUUGUGUAAGGAUAGCCUGGCUGAUUGCACACUGAGGGACUUGGACAACAAGCAGUAGAUCAGCCAAUAAAAGUUGAGAGAAAAUUGCCAUCUCUGUGAGUUUUUCUACUGUUGCUGCUGAACCCACUGCAAAGAGCUUGUUCUCCUGCUUAACCAGGAGGGAGAAUUAUUCAUUUUGUCAUUCAUUAACUGAAGCAAAACACACCCCCAGUUUUAACAGAUUUAUCCCCAAAGCCGCCCAGGAGUAUCUUCACAAAAAGGACUGCAGCAGCUCAUCCAACAUCUUUCCAAAGCCAAUUAGGUAUAGGUGAUAGUUAUUUACCUUGUUCUUGGGGCUCUCAUCCUAUAAUUAUAGAACUACUGAAGGACAAGGAAGUCCAGGCUGGUUUGAGUAGAAGAGUCUGUUCAGCCCAACUGUAAUGUUCCUUUCCCUGAGCUCUGAAAGUGAUCUGUCCAUGUAUCUAGUUUACUGUUGAAAGCAGUGAGAUGCUGGACGAUGGUUGUCCAUAUUGGUUGUAGACUGCACCUUUACACACAGUGGAGUUCUUGGCCAGAACCAUGCUCUGCAAAAU